UCUGAGCGGGUUUAAACCGAAGAAAAUAAAACGACGCCGUUUCAGGUUAUUCUGUCUUACUUGCGAAAACCGUUAUUGCUAGACUAACCGGGAUUUCUUGUCACAGGGAAUUAUUCUCCGAUCCCAGUUUUAGUCCAUCUCCCAUUGCAUCAGCCAGCAUAACAACCAGACGAGCAAGGCGAAGAACGACGUUGAGACGGUAAAGGAAAAAUCCUGCGAAAGUUUCUUGGUUAAGGUCGCCAAUUAUGGCUGCGAUAAAGCCCAAAGCUUCGACUCCAAACCCAGGGACAAUGAGUCCACGCGUUUGGCUUUACUCCAUUUUGCUGACUUUUCAAUAUGGAGCGCAGCCUCUUAUCUCCAAACGCUGCACCAGACGAGAAGUAAUUGUAACUUCAUCAGUCUUGACAUGUGAGAUAGCUAAGGUUAUAUGUGCUCUGAUUCUCAUGGCAAAAGAUGGUACUUUAAAGAAAAUGGUGAAAGAAUGGACUUUGGUGGGCUCACUGACUGCAUCAGGUCUUCCCGCCGCAAUUUAUGCCCUUCAAAACAGUUUGUUGCAGAUAUCUUACAGGAAUCUCGAUUCACUUACAUUCUCAAUGCUGAACCAGACAAAAAUAUUUUUCACUGCCUUGUUUACGUAUAUCAUACUGAGGCAAAAGCAGUCAAUUCAACAAAUUGGGGCUCUUUUCUUGUUGAUUAUGGCAGCUGUUCUUCUAAGCAUUGGUGAAGGCUCUAGCAAAGGUUCAAGUAGUGGUGACCCUGACCAAAUUCUAUUUUAUGGAAUUGUCCCAGUCUUGGUUGCAUCUGUGCUCUCUGGUCUAGCUUCUGCAUUGUGUCAAUGGGCUUCUCAGGUUAAGAAGCACUCCUCAUACUUGAUGACUGUAGAAAUGUCUAUUGUUGGAAGCUUAUGCUUACUGGCUAGUACCUCUAAGUCUCCAGAUGGAGAGGCUAUCAGACGCCAUGGAUUCUUUUAUGGUUGGACUCUACUAACUUUGAUUCCAGUUGUAGCUAAUGCUCUUGGUGGGAUUCUUGUUGGCCUUGUCACCAGCCUUGCUGGUGGUGUGAGAAAGGGGUUUGUCAUUGUUUCUGCACUUCUUGCAACAGCCAUGCUGCAGUUCCUUUUUGAAGGAAAGCCGCCAUCAGUGUAUUGUCUCGUGGCUCUUCCACUCGUCAUCAGUAGCAUUUCAAUAUACCAGAAAUAUCCAUACAGAGUGAAAAAGAAGGAAGCCUAGUAACCUGCAGCAAAUAAGGGGGUUUCUGAGAGUGGCCUCGAUUAUUACAGUUUCCAUUUGUUUUCCCAAGUUUUAGGGGAAGGGUAAAAGGAAUCAUUUAGGAUGUAAGUGUACCUACUUAGUGUAGGCAAAUGAAGAAGGCAUAUUGUACUUGCGUUCAUCAAUUUCAGGACAUGUUGAAUUGGGUAUUGAUUCUGACUGAAAUUGGGAAGAAAAAGAACAUGGAUUUGAUUUAGUCUGA